AUGAGAGAUGUGCCGAACCAAAGAAUAAUCCUUCAACUUAAAGACGGCAUAUAUGAUCACAAAAAUCUUGCAAGUUUCAGCGCUUUCGGUCAUCGCACUGAAGUAUCUUUAUAUCAGAAAUCAUAUUAUCUUCGCGAAUAUGGAACUUUCAAGAUCCCCACAGCCUGGCAAAAUUUCCCUGUUUUGUCCGAAGCAAUCAUAUCAUGUCUUAAGUUCUUUACCUUUAUGAGAGAAAAUAUCGAAGUGGAAAGAGCAUAUGUUGAACAAAAGCAAAAGUUGCUGACCAAACGAUGGGUACAUACAAUAAAGCAGAACCAAUCAUCACCAGGCCGACCAAAAAAACAGAAGUCGAAAUGA